AUGACGGUCAACAAAUCAAAAGUCACUCAACAUGCUUCUGAAAGCAAUCCUCUCAUUCUCAUGGCGGCCUUCCCCGGAGAAGGUCAUACCAACCCGCUCCUUGUCAUCGCAGCAUACCUCGUCAAGAAGGGUUACGAAGUUGUGUUUGUCACAACUGAAGACUUCCGAAACAAAGUCGAAGAGGCGGGCGCUGAGUGGGUUCCUACCAACAACCCUUUGACCAACACGACCUACCAAGCCCUCCGCGAAGCAGCUUCUUUGCCGAUUGGUCCAGAGCGGUUCGCUGCGCAGAUCAAAGCUGUUUUCUUGGAGACACUUCCUCCACGAACGCUAAAGAUGGAAGAGGUUCUUUCCCAAUUACAAGCACGGAAUCCAGUCCGCCAGAUCAUUGUUGUCGAAGACAUUUUCAACUGGUCGCUCUUUCCUUUCAGACAUGGCCGUCCUCUGCCUCAAGGCUUCAACACGGCGCCUAAGUCUAUUGGCAUCGGUGUGGCAGCUUUUAUGAUGGAAAGUCAAGACACGGGACCAGUCUCGCUUGGCUUGCCCGCUGACGCCACUGACUCAGGUCGUCAGCGCAAUGCGGUUCUCUAA